AUGUCAAGGUUAAUUGUCAAGGGGCUCCCAAAGUAUUACACUGAGGAGAAUUUGAAAAAACACUUCAGCCAACAAGGUGACGUAACUGAUGUCAAGUUGGUGAAAUCGAAGAACGGAGAGUCAAGAAGAUUUGCAUUUAUUGGCUACAAAUCUGAUGAGUCGGCCGAGAAAGCAGUAAAAUUCUUUAAUAAAUCAUUCAUUGACACUUCAAGGAUAGAUGUUCAACUAGCAAAGUCGUUUUCUGACCCAGAUGUACCACUAUCGUUCAAAGAAAAGAGAAAGAGGGAGAAUGAAAGGUUAAGGAGGGAGGAGGAACUUUUGAUUGAAGAGAAUAACAGACUUAAAGCUAAGAAGCAAAGGACCGAACGAAAAUCAUUGAUCGAAGAAGAGAUGGAAAAUGAUCCAAAGUUUAAGGAAUACAUGGAGGUAAUGAAACCAUCACAUCAAGUCAAGUCAUGGGCAAAUGAUACCAUAGCCGAUGGUUCAGGAGGUCCCUCGAAUGCAGAUUUGGAAAGAGCAUUAGAAGGGGGUAAGAGUAAUGCAGCUGAAGUUUCCAAACCCGAGGUAGCAGAGGCGCAAGAACAAGAAAGCGAUGAUGAAUACAAUGAUUUCAAUGGUUCAGUAGAUAACGAAGAUGAAGAAGAGGAGAUGAUGCUCUUGAAUGCGGUGGAUGAGAAUGAAACAGGUACAUUGGCUAAAGAUGAAAAUGUUUCUGAUUUGGAUUGGCUAAAAUCUCGAAGCAUUCGUAUCAAAGAAGAUGGUGAAUUUCCCGAAAAUGUCUCUGAAAAUCAAACCACAACACAAGAAGAGCAUCCAGUCAGUCCUGUGGUAGAACACAAAUCCGAAGAAGACAAAAUAAGGGAUAGGAUUGAAGAAACAGGAAGAUUGUUUAUCAGAAAUAUCCUGUACGAUGCCACUGAAGACGAUUUUAGACACUUGUUUGAGUCGUAUGGACCACUUGAGGAGGUGCACAUUGCUGUUGAUACAAGAACAAAUAAAUCAAAAGGUUUCGUUUACAUUCAAUUUGUGAACACCGAAGAUGCAGUCAAUGCGUUUGAGUCACUCGAUAAGCAAAUCUUCCAGGGUAGGCUAUUGCAUAUUCUUGCAGCAGAUAAGAAAAAGAGUCACCGACUCGAUGAAUUUGAUUUAAAGAAUUUACCUUUGAAAAAGCAAAGAGAAUUGAAAAAGAAAGCUCAGGCUUCAAAAAACCAGUUCAGUUGGAAUUCGCUUUAUAUGAAUACAGAUGCGGUCAUGGAGUCCAUGGCAGCAAAAUUGGGUGUGACGAAGUCACAAUUAAUCAACCCUGAAAACUCAAGCUCGGCGGUGAAACAAGCACUUGCUGAAGCCCAUGUGAUUGGUGAUGUAAGGAAGUUCUUUGAAGAACGAGGGGUUGAUCUUGCAAGCUUCAACAAAAAGGAAAAAGAUGACAAGGUAAUAUUAGUCAAGAAUUUUUCAUUUGGCACUACUGUAGAAGAGUUGGGUGAGCUAUUUUCACAGUACGGCAAGCUCAAAAGGAUAAUAAUGCCUCCAUCGGGAACUAUUGCAAUUAUUGAGUUCAAUGACGCUCCUAGCGCCAGAGCUGCAUUUACAAAACUAGCUUAUAAACGAUUUGGUUCAAGCAUUCUUUACUUGGAGAAAGGUCCUAAAGAUUUAUUUACUCGCGAGCCCGUCGAAAAUGAAAAUGUUGAAUUAUCCGAGCCUGAGAAGGUUGUUGAAGCAAAAGUGUCGGCUAGUGAUAUUCUUGGUGAACCGGAAGUUGAAGAAGAAGAAAUUGAGGGUCCUACGGUGUCUGUGUUUGUUAAGAAUCUUAACUUUAGCACAACAGUGCAACAACUAUCUAACUUAUUUAAGUCACUACCUGGCUUUGUUUUAGCCACCGUUAAAACCAAACCCGAUCCAAAAGAUGCUGGAAAGAUAUUAAGUAUGGGCUUUGGUUUUGUUGAAUUCAAGUCGCUAGCUCAAGCAAAUGCGGCAAUUGCUACAUUGGAUGGGCAUGUCUUGGAUGGCCACAAGUUACAAUUGAAAAUUUCUCAUAAGCAAGGGACAGCCACGUCUGCCACUGCGCCAUCCAAAUCUGCCAAGACAAGCAAAAUCAUUAUCAAGAACUUGCCAUUUGAGGCUUCUCGUAAGGAUCUUUUGGAGUUAUUCGGGGCUUUUGGUCAAUUAAAAUCAGUUAGAGUUCCCAAGAAAUUCGAUCAAAGUGCAAGAGGUUUUGCCUUUGUUGAGUUUAACUUGUUGAAAGAGGCUGAAGAUGCCAUGAAACAAUUAGAGGGUGUACAUUUAUUGGGAAGACGUUUGGUUAUGCAAUAUGCUGAACAAGAUUCUGAAGAUGCUGAGGCUGAAAUUGAGAGAAUGACCAAGAAGGUGAAGAGGCAAGUUGGAACGCAGAAUUUGGCAGCUGCUAGGUUGGCUGGUAAAUCCAAGAUUGAAUUGGAAGAGAAGGAUGAUGACUUUAAGUAG